GUAAUAAGUGUUGGUAUACUCUUAUCUUUCUGUUACCUAAGAUCACAUCAUCUCCCCCUAUGUUGUUUGGUACAGUCCUAUGAGAUAAAAGAGAGUCGUGACAGUGGUGGUCCGUAUAGCCUUCUGGCAGCUGCAGAGAAGCAUUCCAAGUUCAGGUAUGGAUUCAGUGGGAGUGAAUGUUAUUGAAACUGCAGCUCUGGGGAGACCUUUCCAGCUGGGGAUGCUGUAUGACUGCAGAAAAGAUGCACUAUUACCAGGAAUCACGCUAUGGGAUAAAGAGCAGCUGCAGCAGAAUAUACGUGCUCAUCCUCAGAUUAAUACACAUUUCAGUGUUACAGCUUUAGACUCCAUUGAAGAAAAAUGUAACUUACUGAAUAUUGAUGGGCGUCUAAAAUUAAGUCUUCUAUGUGGACUCAUCAGUGUAAGUGGAGCAGCCAAGUAUCUUUGUGACACCAAGAAGUCCUUCAAACAACAGAGACUGACUUUACAUUAUCAUUCAACUACCAAGUUUGAAGCACUGACCAUGAACCACUUGGCUUCUGGAAAUAUAGCUCACUCUGAAGUUUUUGAUAAUGAUACAGCCACACAUGUGGUGACAGCUGUGCUGUAUGGGGCGGAUGCUUGCUUUGUUUUUGAUAGAGAAGUUUCAUCAGAUGAAGACAAGAGCACUGUAGAAGGAGAAGUAAAAGCCGCCUUUGAGAAACUAAAGGGCAUUUCAGCAAGCGCAGAGAUUAAUCUGAGCAUGAAUAACAAUCAGAACACUGCCAGUCAAAAAUUCAGUUGCACGUUUUAUGGUGACUUCCAGCUACCAUCUAAUCCAGCCUCUUUUGAAGAUGCUUUAAAGGUUUUUGCUGAUCUUCCAAAACUACUGGGAGACAACAAAGAGCUUGUAGUUCCACUGAGAGUUUGGCUUUAUCCCUUGGACAAACUACACUCAUCUGCUGCAAAACUUCAAAAAGAAAUCCACACAGGUCCAAUCAGAAAUAUUGAAUCAGUAAUCGAGAGCUUAAACAUCACUGAAAUGAAAUGCAGUGACCUCCUGAAGGAUGCACCUUCUUUGGCUAUUGCAGGAUUUCAUGAUAAAUUAUUGCACAUGAAGCAAAAUUGCUGUGCCUAUAAGUUAAGUCUCCUGAAGAAACUUGGCUCUCUGUUGCCGAAAAUCCGUGGGGACUUGGAAAAGGAAACAGCCCUGAUUGAUCUUCUGCUCAGUCAUGAUAAAUGUCCAUUUAGAGGAAGUGAUCUUGAGCAAUGGAUGAAAGAGAAAGAGUCAGAAUCGCUCAUAGUUAAAACCUUGCUCAGACAAUUGAAUGAUUCUGGUGCAAAAGUGGAAGAGAAUGUAGAUCAAAUUUUAAUGGAUCCGACAGUUGAAAAUGUGGUUGGCUACACUUUACCAUCAUUUGAGUGGCCAGAUGUGCUCCUUUCUAAACAAAAUGCCUUCCUGAAUCCAUUAGCAAAAGACAACAAUAAUAGGAAUGCACCUGAUUUCAAAGAAAAUACUGGUUUUUCCCCUGACAUCAAAAAUAAUAUGAGGAAGAAUUUGACAGCCUUUAAAAACUUGAUCAAAUCAAAAGCAAGUAAAUCAACUAAAUUUAUUGUUGCGUCAAAAGUGAUGGAAAGUUCUGAGGAACCCACUUGUUUUACUACUCCCUUAAAACCAGCCUGCCCAGUCAUUGAGCAGAUCACAAGUGACAGCGUGGUUAUUACAGUGUCUCCAUCAGGUCCUGCAACAGAAGAGCUCAGGUUACUGUAUAAAAUGAAGGAGGUGAAGGACUGGAACCAGCAGUCUGUUCUACAGAGACAAAGUACAGUUACUCUGACAGAUCUCAGACCAGACACUGAGUAUGAGAUCAAAUGUGCAGCCGUGGGACAACUGAACUACAGUGAUGUCAUCAGAGCUACUACACACCCAAACAUCAUCAGAGAGGUAUGA